AUGACAUCAGUCAUUGACCAGAUCAAAGCAGCAGCUCCGCGCAAUCAUGAGCUUCUCGCCAUUCUCUCAGAGACAGACCAUGCACCUCCUGACCUGCAUCAGCAGAGGACGUACCUCGCAGACCUGAACCAGCAGCUCAUCAAUCAAGGCAACAGUAUCCGGAAUCUCGAGCACAAGCGCCAGAAGGAGCUGUCCGAGCAUGCCAACUACCGCGACUCGGUCAUGCGCCGCUUCGCCUACAAGGUGGGCGGCAAAAAGGAAAAGUUUGCCGCCCGCGCCGCCAAGGAGGAGCGCGACUACUUUGACGCCCUGCAGGAGGAGCACAAGGCCAAGGAGCAGCUCAAGGCCGUGGAGGCCCUGCGCGACGACGCGCUGCGGGUCCGGGACGGCCUCGCCGCCGAGGUCGAGCGCCGCGAGCAGGCCCAGCGGGAUCUCGACGGCAUGUACGAGUCCAUCUUCAACGGGCCGACGCCAGAGUUCCCCGACGAGGACCAAAAGGAGCACAAGUGCACCACGGCCUGGCAGGCCUACGAGGAGGCGCGGAACCGGGCCCGGACGCAGGGCCAGGCCGUCGACGGCCUGCGCGAGGCGGCGCGGCGCCUGGACGGCGCCGUCGGCAGCGUCGAGGAGGCCCUCGACCACUCCCGCAUGGACAUGUUUGGCGGCGGCACCUUUACCGACAUGAUGGAGCGCAACGCCCUGUCCCAGGCCGAGAUGCAGGUCCAAGACGCCUUUUGGCAUUUCCGCAACGCCCAGCGGUCGGACCCGCUGAUCCAGGACCUGCCGCCCCUCAAGAUUGCGCAGGGAAACCUGAUGAGCGACGUCUUCUUUGACAACAUUUUCACCGACAUGGCGUUCCACGACAAGAUCAAGGACUCCCGCGCGGAGCUGCAGCGGUGCAUCGAGGUGCUGCGCGUACAGCUGCAGGGCGCCACAUCAAAGCACCAGGAGCUGAGUCGGGACCAGGAUGCUAAGAACGAGGCUCUCAAGACGGCGCGAGCAGACCUGCAACAAGCCAGGAAAGGGAUUUUUGAACGUACAAUUCGUGGUGAUGAUGCACCACCAAGUUACAAGGAAGUCACGGCAUAA